AUGGGUUUUCAGAUGCUUGUGCCUUUCAGUCCUUGGAACUGGGUGCUGCUGCCGGUGGCCCUCAAGUGUUCUGAAGCAUCUUCAGAUUUGAACGAAGCCACAAAUUCCACGGCCCAGCAUGAAGCUAACGUUCGGUUUGCUGCUGCCAGUUCAGAGGUAAACGAGAAGAUAUCUGUUUUUGCCCUGGAUUAUGACUACGUGCAAAUUCCUUAUGAGGUCACCCUCUGGAUACUUCUAGCAUCCCUUGCAAAAAUAGGCUUCCAUCUUUACCACAGACUGCCAGGCCUCAUGCCAGAAAGCUGCCUCCUCAUCAUCGUUGGGGCUCUGGUGGGUGCCAUCAUCUUUGGCACCGACCAUAAAUCUCCUCCCGUCAUGGAUUCAAGCAUCUACUUCCUGUACCUCCUUCCACCCAUUGUCCUGGAGGGUGGUUACUUCAUGCCCACCCGGCCCUUCUUUGAGAACAUUGGGUCCAUCCUGUGGUGGGCAGGCCUGGGGGCCCUUAUCAAUGCCUUUGGCAUUGGCCUCUCCCUCUACCUCAUCUGCCAGAUCAAAGCCUUUGGCCUCAGUGACGUCAGCCUGCUUCAGAACCUGCUGUUCGGCAGCCUGAUCUCGGCCGUGGACCCCGUGGCUGUGCUGGCUGUGUUCGAGGAGGCACGGGUGAAUGAGCCACUCUACAUGAUGAUCUUCGGGGAGGCCCUUCUCAAUGACGGCAUUAGUGUGGUCUUAUACAAUAUAUUAAUUGCCUUCACAAAGAUGCAUAAAUUUGAAGACAUAGAGCCUGUCGACAUUUUGGCUGGAUGUGCCCGAUUCAUUAUUGUGGGGGUUGGGGGAGUAUUUUUCGGCGUCAUUUUUGGGUUCAUUUCUGCGUUUAUCACACGUUUCACCCAGAAUAUCUCUGCAAUCGAACCACUCAUCGUCUUCAUGUUCAGUUAUCUGUCUUACUUAGCUGCGGAGACACUCUACCUCUCUGGCAUCUUGGCAAUCACGGCCUGUGCGGUAACAAUGAAAAAGUAUGUAGAGGAAAAUGUGUCCCAAACAUCCUACACGACCAUCAAGUAUUUCAUGAAGAUGCUGAGCAGCGUCAGCGAGACCCUGAUCUUCAUCUUCAUGGGCGUGUCCACCAUUGGGAAGAACCAUGAGUGGAACUGGGCUUUCAUCUGUUUCACCCUGGUCUUCUGCCAGAUCUGGAGAGCCAUUAGCGUAUUUGCUCUCUUCUAUGUCAGUAACCAGUUUCGGACUUUCCCCUUCUCCAUCAAGGACCAGUGCAUAAUUUUCUACAGUGGUGUCCGAGGAGCUGGAAGUUUUUCACUUGCAUUUUUGCUUCCUCUGUCUCUUUUUCCUAGGAAGAAAAUGUUUGUCACUGCUACUCUAGUAGUUAUAUAUUUUACUGUAUUUAUUCAGGGAAUCACAAUUGGCCCACUGGUCAGGUACCUGGAUGUUAAAAAGACCAAUAAAAAAGAAUCCAUCAACGAAGAGCUUCAUAUUCGUCUGAUGGAUCACUUGAAAGCUGGAAUUGAAGAUGUAUGUGGGCAAUGGAGUCACUACCAAGUGAGAGACAAGUUUAAGAAGUUUGAUCACAGAUAUUUACGGAAAAUCCUAAUCCGAAAGAACCAGCCCAAAUCCAGCAUUGUCUCCUUGUACAAGAAGCUGGAAAUGAAACAAGCUAUUGAGAUGGUAGAAACUGGGAUCCUCAGUUCCACAGCCUUUCCUGUACCCCACCAGGCCCAGAGGAUACACAGAACCAAAAGACUUUCCCUGGAAGACGUGGAGUCCAUGAGGAACAUUCUGACACACAACAUGUACCAAGUUCGACAAAGGUUUGAGGAUUCAGUUGAACAUGCCAAUGCUUGA